AUGGCUUCCUGGACACAUCUUGUUCGUUUCAUCGCCAUUGAAGACAACCAAACCCACCUAGGUCAACUAGUUGACCCUUCUCGAGACGCUGGUCGGGAUGCCGUUGAUGGUAGGGAUAUUGCCGUUUAUCUGUUGGAUGGGACAAUUUUCGAUGGGAGGGUGACAAGAGAAAUAUUACAUGUGAAGCAGGUGCUCUCUCCUAUAUCGAAAGAAGACUGCAACUAUAUACGCUGUCUUGGAUUGAACUAUAUGGACCACGCCAAAGAAGCAAACCUUCCUCUUCCCAAAGCGCCAGUCUUGUUCACAAAGCCUCGAUCAGCACUUUCCGAUCCUUUCCCAGCCCCUAUCAACAUCCCGAAAUGUGCCCAGGAUGAGACGAGCGAUUAUGAGGCAGAGCUUUGCCUUGUGAUUGGCAAGACUGGAAGAGACAUUUCCGAGGAAGAAGCAUUGGACUAUGUGCUCGGCUAUAGUGCAUCUAACGACGUGUCUGCGCGGGCUCUGCAAAGGCUGACUGCACAGUGGUCUUUCUCCAAGGGGCUUGACGGGAGUUGUCCCAUUGUCGCUCCGUCGGCCAUUCCCGAUCCCCAAGGACUAGAAGUCACUGCCAUCUACAACGGCGAAACUGUCCAACAAGGCCAGACCAAAGAAAUGAUCUUUAGUAUCAAAAAGCAAAUUUCAUACCUUUCCCAGGGAACGACUCUGGAAGCCGGAACGGUGAUUUUGACCGGCACCCCCGCUGGAAUAGGAGCUUUGCGUCAACCCAAAAUAGUGCUCCGCGAUGGAGACGAGAUUUCGGUGCAUAUCAGCCAUAUAGGGACCCUAGUGAAUAGGGUUCGGUAUGAUACUAGGUAG